GAUGUGUUGCUUCAGCAAGCGGGGUGUGUGUCUCUACACUCGGGUCUGCUAUUGGGAAGUGUGUGUUCAGGACUGCUGCUGGGAAUGAUCGCUGCCGUAUUUAUACACACAAUCCUUUUUAAACCCUACUGUUUGUCUGCAAAGGUCUCUCUCUCUCUCUUUCUCUCUCCCUCUCAAUUUAAGAGCUUUGAUUAUAAUUAACCAUCAUUUCAGAGCUAGGACUAAUUCAUGGUGAAAGGAUGGUCUGGUGUCGUGAUGUGUUUAACAAAAGGCACCAAAAGCGUUAGUUCUGCUAUACUGUAGUGCUGUAGUGUGCACAGAAACAAAUUGAAAUAUGUGUAUUAAUGUCAAACUUAGAUCAAACUUUACAGAAAUUGACAUUAAAACAAUAGAAAUGAUGAUCACUGAAUAAUAAUCCAUCAUUUUUCCAUUCUUCUGUUCAAAGAAGGAGAGCCGAGCUUGCAUUUUUACAUGAAGCUCAUGUGUUUUAUGUUAUCUUGUAAAUUACAAAUUAACAGUGUAAAUGUGUUUUAAUAUUAUAUUAAUAUUAUCCGUGUUUACGUAGUACUUUCCUUCCAGAAACGCAUCACACCAGGACACCCCAUAAUUUCUCGAUUUAUCUCUGCAUGGUGAAUAAAACAACAGAACGCAGUUUAAUAGCGUUAUAUUCGUAUAUAGUACAGCAGGAAGUACGUCGUAUUUAAACUAUAACAGUAACACAUCAAUAUUCUACCACAUUACAGUUGACAAAGGUGUGUUUUAAAGUUUCCGUGAGGUAAACUUAGCGUUGUGUGCAGUCUAAAGGUGACCCGUGGAGCCUUAUAGAUGUGGGUGAGGGAGACCAUGAAACCGAGCAGGACGCCAUGGGAAGAAACACAGAGCCUGCUGAAAGAGUGAGCCGCACGGUCAGUCCUAUAAACAAUGACGUCAGUGCGUUUGCGCUCAAGGCUCGGGUGGUUUAUCCCAUUAACCAGAGAUACAGACCACUGGCAGAUGGAGCCUCAGAUCCCUCACCCCACGACUCCGCCUCCUCGUCUUCUGAUUGGCCGGAUGAGAGCGGCGAUGAGGAUGAGAGUGUUCUAUUUGGUCCUGUCCACAAUACACAUGCGAACCUCACAUUCAGGAGAGCACAACACUAUGCACACACACUCUCCUACCCAGAUGAUGAAAGGAGACUCGGUCUGCUGUAUGUGACGCUCCAGAACCUCCAUCAACAAAUGGCUCAGUUACAGAAAGAACAGUGGGGAAUUUUUCUCCAGAUUGUACAAUCUCUAUUCAGCACAGAUGAUCACCUACAACAGCAGAGGGAAUUAGAGAAGCUGAAAAAGGAAUUGUCUUCUGGACUACUGAGGUCCAAGAUGGGGGCAGAGCCAAUCUGUUCCAUAGAAGAAGUAAAAAUGGCAGGAAGAGAGAAACUGGAACACACACUACACACGGCUUUGCGUUUUGCUAAACAGUUGGAGCGGCUUUGUCAACAUUCCCAUAGAAGCAAGCCAAGUGAUCUCACACAGGAAGUGGCACGGACGCUCAUCAACUGCCUGCUGCUGGUGGAAAAGCAGCUGAAAGUCAUUCGUUCCAAUAUCAUUCAGGCAUUAACAGAUAGGCAGCAGUGGUGGGAGGAGUUAUCUGGGUGGCUACGAAUCAGGACUGCUUUAAUGAGGCAGGAGGCGGAGCUUAUAAUUCAGCUCACUAGCCAUGCAGUGGAGGAGCUGACAGCUGAUGGACAGCUGGAGUUUGAUCACAUGGAGAAGCUGAUCAGUGAGCUGCAGAGUCUGAUGAGUAAUGAGCUCCAGCGCUGCACUGAACAGGUCACAGAUCACACUCUGCAGCUGGUCAGUGAUCAAUGUAAGAAGAUCGACGUGAGGUUGAGGAAGAUGGUAAAGGCUCAAAACAAAGAGAGUCGCACGAUCCAAUCUCACGAUCAUCAAGACGCCCAGCAGGUUGCCAUGGCGAUGGCAGAGCUGAACUUAAAACACUGGAUGCAGAGACACGAAUUUGAACUACAGCAAGACAGAAAAGUGGCUGAUGCUGUGUGUGACCUGUGGAAGAAAUUGUUUUGUAGUUGUUCAGAAAGUGUCAGGAUGUUGUGGCGAGAAUGUGUUGUGAACAUGCUCACUACAAGCUCCGCCCAUUCUGAGGAACACAGCUGCACAUUUCUUAACAACGUGGAGCUUAAUUGGACCAAUCAGAUGCAGCAGAAGGAUAGCCACGCCCACCAUCAGCUGCAGAUGCUCAGAGAGCAGCUGGAGCAUCGCAAACAGAUUUGGGCUGAACAGGAAGCAUUAGCUACUGCAGCCAUCAAUCAUCUAGGCUACCUGAACAUGAAGAUUACUGUAGCAGUGAUUACCAGGCAGAAGGAACUAAGGGACAGUGUUGCGGUGAUUGAGGGAAAACAACGCCUCCUACUGUCAGAUCUCCAGCACCACUUAACUGCUCAACACUUCUAUAACACAACACUGAGAGAGAUGAUGACUAUACAGUUCUCACACACAGACACCCAGAGCCUCCAGCAGGAACUCCUGUCAGACCUCGAAAGAUCCUCUGAGCUCCUCCAAAGCCAUGCAGAGUUUCUGAUUGGCCACGCCCUCACGUGUAAUGUUCAACUGCGAUCGCUCAUUUCAGUACCGUCUGACAAGACAGCAGUAAAUGACGGACAGAAGGAGCAGCUGAUGAAGGCACUACGUGACAGUGUGUGUGUAUCAAGUGACACUCUUUCCACUAUCAUAAUGAAUUACUGCUCUCACCUUCAAACAGUCGUCACGGCAACGCAGCUCCGCCCACCACAACAACAUUCACAUUUGAGAGAGAGAUGGCAGAAGACAGCAGAGUGUGUGAAAUCUCUACAACGGGAACUCAACCACUGGGCUAGAAAACCACACUCAGCCGAGUUCUACAGAAGAGUUGAGCAGCAGAAGCAGCAUUUUCUCUCUGUUUGUGAGGCGGAGUGUGUGUGUGACAGGGUGGACCUGCAACACCAAAUACGAACGAUUAGUCAGGAGCUUCAGAAAGAAGAGGAGAGUUUUCUGUUUCGACUGGCAGCUCUAACAAGAUUUCCUGUGACAAACACACAAACAAACAGACAUGCAGGUACAGAGCAGAGUUUAGAGCCACUAAAGUACAGAGAGAACCUUCAGUAUUCCACACUGCCCUCUGCAGCAGACUGAUGAACAAUAAGGCCCAACGAGACACUCUGCAGUAAAUUUUUAUUAAAGGUUUUUU